AUGUCAUCUUCUUCUCCAUCCCCAAUAUCUGCUACAUUCUUCUUCUCUAAUCCAUCAUCAAUCCCUAGACCUCGAACUUCACCUUUUUCUGUACUAAACACAAGAGCUAUGACCAAAGACCUUUAUUUCAACCAUGAUGGUUCAACCACUAAGAAGCUUCUUGCAGGGGUGGAGUUAGCAGCAGAGCUCCUUGGUGUUACAUUGGGACCUAAAGGAAGAAAUGUUGUAUUGCAUAACAAGUAUGGCCCACCUAAGAUAGUAAAUGAUGGAGAAACUGUUCUCAAAGAGAUUGAAUUGGAAGAUCCAUUGGAAAACGUUGGAGUGAAGUUGGUGAGACAAGCUGGGGCAAAAACCAAUGAUUUAGCUGGUGAUGGCUCAACUACAUCUGUUAUUCUUGCUCAUGGCUUAAUCAAAGAAGGGGCAAAAGUUAUUGCCGCUGGAAUGAAUCCUGUCCAAAUUGUCCGUGGAAUUGAGAAGACAGCAAUAGCACUUGUUUCUGAACUUAGUUUGAUGUCUAGAGAAGUUGAAGAUCAUGAACUUAAAGAUGUUGCAGCAGUAAGCGCGGGGAACGAUUAUGUAGUCGGAAACAUGAUUUCUGAGGCUUUGCAACAAGUAGGAAGAAAAGGAGUAGUAACAAUUGAAAAAGGAAGGAGCAUUGACAAUACUCUAGAGAUUGUAGAAGGAAUGCAAUUUGAUCGCGGAUAUCUUUCUCCAUACUUGGUGACAAAUAGAAGAAAGAUGACGAUUGAACUUCACAACUGCAAGUUGCUAUUAGUUGACAAAAAGAUCAAAAAUCCGAAGGAGCUGCUUAACAUAUUGAAUAGUGCAGUAAAAGAGAAGUUUCCAAUUUUGAUAGUUGCAGAGGGAAUUGAGCAGGAUGCUCUUGCUCCAAUUAUUAAAAAUAAACUCAGAGGUGUGCUUAAGGUUGCUGCUAUUAAGGCUCCUGCAUUCGGUGCGCGCAAGAGUCACUAUUUAGAAGAUAUUGCCAUCUUGACAGGAGGUACUGUAAUAAGAGAAGAUAUGGGUUUCACUUUAGAAAAGGCUAGCAAGGAUAUGCUUGGUUCUGCUACCAAGGUGGUCAUAACAAAAGAUUCUACCUUAAUAGUCACAGACGGGAGUACUAGAACAGCUGUUGAGAAGAGGGUUUCUCAACUUAGGAGCCUUGUUGAGAAUACUGAAGAAAAUUUUCAAAAGAAGAUAUUGAACGAAAGGAUAGCAAGAUUAUCAGGGAGCAUUGCCAUUAUUCAGGUAGGUGCACAAACACAAGUUGAGUUGAAAGAUAAACAAUUAAGAAUAGAAGAUGCCUUAAAUGCAACCAAGGCAGCAAUUGAAGAAGGUGUAGUAGUUGGUGGUGGCUGCAGCCUUUUAAGGCUGUUCAAGAAGGUAGAUGGCAUAAAAAAUCUCUUGGACAAUGAAGAGCAAAAGAUUGGAGCUGAAAUCUUCAAAAGGGCUUUGAGCUACCCUACAAGAAUGAUAGCAAAAAAUGCCGGCGUAAAUGGCAAUGUUGUCAUAGAUAAGGUUUUAUCAAAUGAUAACAUGAAUUUCGGUUACAAUGCUGCUAGAGACUGUUAUGAGGAUCUCAUGAAGGCUAGAAUCAUGGAUCCAACAAAGGUAGUUAGGUGUUGUAUAGAGAAUGCAGCUUCUGUGGCCAAGACAUUUCUAACAUCAAAUGCUGUUGUGAUUGACCGCAUGGAAUUACAACCACCAUUACAUCGUAGAAGGCCCAUGCCCAUGCCUAGAAAUCCUAUGCCCAUCAUGCCUAGAAAGCCCAUGACGAACAUGCCUAGAAAGCCCAUGCCUAGUUCAGGUUUAGGACCAAUAGGCUUUUAA